AUAGAUGACAAACACCGAAAAAGCUUGCUUUGGAUUAGCGUGCUUUUGGACUCCUGAUGCACGGUUCGGAUGCUGCCGCGGUGUCUUUCGUACCCGGGUCGGAUACUGUGGAGGUACUGGACCUGCACCGAAUUAUCCUAGUGUGAAUGAUCACACAGAAGCCAUUGAAGUGGAAUAUGAUAGUUCUGCAAUUUCCUUCGAAGAUCUCCUUCAACUUUUCUGGAUAUUUCAUGAUCCAUGCAGCUGCCAGAAACGCCAGUAUAUGUCAGCAAUAUUUUAUUUAAAUGAUCAACAAAAGAUAUUUGCGGAAAAAAGCAAAGCACUGAAAGAAAAAGAGCUUGGGAAACCAGUUGCAACUCAAAUUCUUCCUUUAAAUAUAUUUCACGAAGCUGAAGACUAUCACCAGAAAUAUUUUCUUCGUACUUACCAUAGAACAUUUUAUAACAGCCUUCCUCUUGAAAAUCCAGUAACAUCAACAAGAGAUGCACGACUUAAUGGAUAUCUCUGCGGAUAUGGAAAUCACCAGGAACUCGAUGCAGAAAAAGAGCUUCUGGGUCUUGAUGAAGAACAACUGAAUUAUGUAAAGCGGCAUAUGACUGGUGAACAAAAGCCUGCAGUAGUGGAACCAUUUCUGCGUACAGUAGUGCAAGUGGCGUAUAAUUAUGUCAAAACAGCUUUCAGCUAGCUCUGUUUGAGCUCAUAAUUUUAUGUGUUUGAAGUAUAAUAAUUUAGAUGCUUGUAUAUAUAGGUCAGCUGGAAAGUUCUGCAAAUUUUUUAUAAUAAAUGCAAAUGAAGCAAUGCAGAAACAUCACAUUUCCAUUGAAUCACAUAAUCACCAUUUUGUUCUAUGACCUUUUGCUAUCUCUGCGGCAGGGAAAAAAUUCUUUUUUUUUUUUUAAACUACAUUGUAUUUAUUCGUAAAAAGGUUAGCACUUUGCUAUUUCACAAUGUUCAAAUAAAUAAAUAAAAAUAAAAAUAAAAAAUAAACUUUUGACCUUUCAGAAAAUUUAGAAGUGACCUGAAGAGAUAGAAAUCCAAGAGAUCAAUGUCUAUUGAACAUGGGGGGGGGGACACACAGCAUCUCAGCUUUUAAUCAGUAACCUUUUUCUGACAUUCAUCGGAAUGCAGAGCUUAGUAUUACCAUGACGGAAGAUAAUACCUUGACAGUUGGUCAGCUCUCGGUACUUUAUUUCAAUUUCUACCUUUAAAACUCUCAUUUGUGAAUAACACUUUUGAAUUUAUUGUCUGAUUUGGUGGCAACAAUUUACAGUAUAAAAUUCCAUUGUAAUCCCAUCAUACAUAAAGGGUUAUUUUGGUUCAUCUUAUGAUCUUUUCUUAUGAUCUAAAAAAAUGUUUUUUUUAAAUAUGUUUUCCCGAGUGGCAACAACAGAAUAUUUUUGAACGGUAAUGUUUGAAGGGUAGUUUUUUUGAAGUGCGCAUAGUAAUUUGUAUUUUCAGUUAUAUCAUCUCAGUGAUAUGUAAGUAAUGCGAUAAUAAAGUUUUAUUAACAUAAA